UUUACUAGUUGAUCAAGGAAAGUAUGGACGGAACUUGUCGCACCCUCACCGUUUUCCUCAUACUUGCUCUCUGCGCCAGCACGGUUUACCCCUGUCGGUGUAACUGCAAUGAUGUGUGUAUCUGCGAUUGUGAAUUCCCGGCACCAACUAAUGGCUGCAAAGCUGAUUUUUCACUGCGAGGCGCUGUUCUGACGGAAAAAGUUGUGACGGUGAAAGGCCUUCUGAAAAGAGAGUACAUUAUCGAUGUUCUUCAAUAUUAUAAGAAACCAAAGGGGGUAAGACACCAGGUGAGACUUAUUACACCUCUACACACGGCGUCUUGUGGGGUGCCUCUUAAACUUGGCGAAAUCUACGUCCUCUCUGGAAAACUGACCGGCAAACUCUUCCAAACAGACCAGUGUCAAUAUAAUCGGCUUUAUAGUUCAGUUCCAAUUUUCCAAAGGGAACACCUCUUUUGUUAGACUUGUUAGGAAACUAUAUAAUGCUGUGAAAUAUAUAAUGUUGAAUAUCUAUUUACUUUUUAUCUUCUUCUAUUAAACUGACUAAUUGGGUCUUUAACGUACCUGCUUGUUUGUAUUUGAAACAUGUCAUGCAUUUUGUGUGAAGAAAUAAGCAUUUUGAAAAUAAAUCUAU